UUUUGUAAAUUUUACUUAAAAAACAAAUAAUUUGUUCAUUAAUUGCAAAUUGCAAUAUUUAGGAAAUCCAAUUUAUGAAUUGAAAUUACAUAAUUGUCGAGUGAAAAUAAACGCAAUGGUGGGUGCUUUACUAUUAAAAAUGCUACAUUGCAAACGUAGGUGUCAAAAUAAAAAGUUACAUUUAUAUAAAAGAGAAAAAAUCCUUACUCUCCCAGGACCAUCUUGUGACAAUAUUGAAAAUGAAUGUACAAAAGUAGAUGUCGAAGAUACUACACAAAAAAUCUGCAGAGUUUGUUUGAAAGAGGGUGACAUUCCAAUUUAUGAUAAAGAAGGAACAGGCGACUUAUCGGAAGAAUUAAACUUAUUUGGUGGUUUAAAUGUUCAUGCAGAUGAUAUUUAUCCUAAAUAUUUAUGCCAAAAUUGUCAUGCAUUGUUGUUAGGUGCAAUAUUAUUCAGAAAAACUGCUCAGCAGUCUGACAAUUUGCUAAAGCGACCUGCACAGGAAUCAAUGCUAACAGACAUUGAUGAGAUGUCUAAUGAUUUGGGGGAAGACAAUACAUAUGAAGAUGAAGAAGAUAAAUGUAAUAAAUCUAAAAGCUAUCACUGCAAAAGAUGUGAUUUGGAUUUUGAAAACUUUAAUGAAUACAGUGAGCAUAGACUAUCACAAGAACAUGAAAACAUGAGACAUACAUGUCCUAUUUGUAAAAAUACAUAUACAACAUUGUACUACAAGAAGCACUUGGCAUUGCACAAACUAGAGACAACUUAUAUGUGUGAUAUAUGUGGAAAAAUUUUCAUUGUGCAAGGACAAUUUACGAGACAUAGGUUAACACAUUUCUACAGUUUGCCAUUUAAAUGUGCUUUAUGUCCCUACAAGGGACGAUUUAGUGAAUCACUUAAAAUGCAUAUGAGAUCUCACACAGGUGAAAAGCCAUAUCAAUGUACACAAUGUCCCUCAAGAUUUGUGAACAAAAGUAAUCUUAACAAACAUAUGUUAAUACAUAAAGGUGAACAUGAUUUUAAAUGUAAUUUGUGUGGCCGAGGAUUUUACACAAAGCGGAAUUUGGAUUUGCAUUUUAAAGUAGAUCACACUGGUAUCAAGGACCAUGUGUGCAACAUAUGUGGUAAAGCCUUUGGAUAUAGAAAGCAAAUGAUGAAACAUCAACUAAAAGUACAUAAGAGAGAAAAACUGAGAAGUGGCAGGAUGCCUCUUUAUUUACAAGUUGAAAGUAAGCAAAAAUGUGGAGAAAUAUUGACUGAAAGUUAAAAUAUAGGACCGAAUU